CAGUUUUAGAUCAGGCUUGGGCUAAGAUUUUUGAGGGCCCAAUAUUUCUAGUGUUCUAAUAAUAAGGCGUCCCUCACCACAUAGAAAUGAGAAGGCAAAUUAACUGAUGACAAAGCUCCCCGGCUUUUCCAGGAAAUGGUUAACUACCGUAACUGAUACUACUUUUAACCAACGACAGCAGCUCAUCAACCUCAACACUCACCUGGCAAAGCUCACUCGCUCGACUCACUACGAAGAUGCCCUCAAUCUAUUCAACGAAAUUCAGUACCUCCACGAUAACGUUAAACUCGACCACUACACUCUCUCCACCACUCUCAAAGCCUGUGCCAAUCUCCGCAACGUUAAAUUUGGAACUAAACUCCACUGCUACGCUAUCAAAUCCGGCUUUAAAGCCUACUCUCAUGUCUCUAACACGCUGCUUUUCCUCUAUUCGAGAACCCAAGAUUUAGGUUCUGUUAAAAGGGUUUUUAGUGAAAUUAAAGACCCAGAUGUUUAUUCUUGGACUACGUUGUUGUCCUCGUGUACCAAGUUGGGGGAAAUUCCCUAUGCUUGCGAUGUGUUCGAUAAGAUGCCUAAGAAAGAAGUGGCGGUUUGGAAUGCGAUGAUUACGGGGUGUGUGGAAAAUGGGUAUGAAGACUUUGGGUUUGGUUUGUUUAAGGAAAUGCAUAUUUUGGGUUUUAAGCAUGAUAAUUACAGCUUUGCUAGCGUGUUGAGUGAGUGUUCUAGUGAAAACUUGGGUUUUGGGAGGCAAGUGCAGGCUUUGGUGGUUAAAACUGGGUUUUUGGUUAGAGCUUCUGUGGUUAAUGCAAUAAUUACUAUGUAUUUUAAUUGUGAAGAUGUUGUCAAUGCGUGCCUGGUUUUUGACGAAGUAGAAAGUUUUGUGCGCGAUCGGAUUACUUUUAAUGUGAUGAUAGAUGGUUUAAUGAAUGUAGGAAGAGUUGAACAUGCAUCGAUAAUGUUUAUGGAGAUGUUAGAGGCUUGUUUGAGCCCCUCGGAACUGACUUUUGUGAGUCUAAUGAGUUCAUGUUCAUCUAGAAGAGUUGGGGAUCAGGUAUAUGCACAAGCUGUUAUGAUGGGGUUUGAACGGUGUACCUCUGUGAGCAAUGCAGCGAUAACUAUGUAUUCUGGCUGUGGGGAUCUAAAUGCUGCUCACAUAGUUUUUGAGAGAUUGGAGGAGAAGGAUCUUGUGUCAUGGAAUACCAUGGUAUCAAGUUAUGGUCAAGGAAACUCUGGUAGAUCAGCAUUUUUGGUCUACUUGGAAAUGCAGAGGUCAGGGAUUGAACCGGACGAGUUCACUUUUGGAAGUUUACUGUCAUGCUCAGAGUUCAUAGAAAUGGGUGAGAUGAUUCAUGCCUUUGUGUUUAAAAAUGGACUCAUUUCCAGAAUCCAGGUUUCCAAUGCAUUGGUUUCUUCAUACGCUAAGCAUGGGAAGAUGAAUCAGGCCUAUCAAUUGUUUCAAAUGUAUCCCAAGAACUUGAUUUCCUGGAAUACUGUUAUAUCUGGAUACUUUCUCAAUGGGUCCCCAGCUCAGGGCUUAGAGCAAUUAUCCCAGCUAUUAAUGUUAAACCUCAGACCAAAUGCAUACACACUUAGCAUUGCUAUAAGCAUUUGUGCCAACAUCUCAUCCUUGAGUCAUGGGAAACAACUUCAUGGUUACAUCCUCAGGCAUGAUCUUUUUUUAGAAACAUCUUUAGGCAAUGCAUUAAUCACAAUGUAUGCAAAAUGUGGCACUUUAAAUUGGUCUUUGAGAGUGUUUAAUGAGAUGGUUGUAAAGGACACAAUCUCUUGGAAUUCCCUCAUUUCUGCUUUUGCACAGCAUGGAGAAGGAAAAGAAGCUGUCCAUUGUUUCAAGGCAAUGAAAGAUGCAGGUAGGGCCAAACCUGAUCAGGCAACAUUUACUUCUGUUCUUUCUGCUUGCAGUCAUGCUGGUUUGGUUGAUGAUGCAACUGGGAUACUCAAUUCCAUGGUAAAUGAUUAUGGUUUUGUGCCUGGAGAAGAUCACCUUUCUUGCAUGGUUGACCUUCUUGGUCGGGCAGGGUAUCUUGAUGAAGCAGAAAGAGUAAUAGACAGUCAGCAUAUUGAAGCUCAUUCUAAUAUCUGGUGGACCUUGUUCAGUGCUUGUGCAGCUCAUACUAAUCUAAGGCUUGCAAGAACUAUUGCUGGGAUUCUUCUUGAAACAGAGCGAAAUAAUCCAUCAGUUUAUGUGCUUUUGUCAAACAUUUAUGCAGCUGCUGGUCAAUGGGAAGAAGCAGCUAGAGUGAGGGAAUCCAUGAAAAAUGUUGGGGUGAUGAAGCAACCUGGCUCAAGUUGGAUCAGUUUAUAGAUCCCUCUUGGGUAUGAAUGACAAUACAAGUGUGGAUGAAAGAGAAGGGUACGGUUGAUUCAGGAAGCGGACGAUAGAAAAGGACAUCUCAUUACUAGUCUAUAGCACUAGCUCUGGACAAGUUGGGCAUAAAGAAUGGAUCUGAGAGCCAAAAUCUUGAGAGAUCAUUUCAGGUUGACAUAGGAUUGGAAGAUGCCAUGCUGAACAAUUGUUUGCUCGCCAUCAUUGAAAGGCCAUAAAGGACAAUUACGAUUUACAAUUGGAUUUGGGAGGUUCCCAAAAACCACAAGACUUGGCCAUGCAAAAUGCAAAUUCACUAGAUUCGUUGAUUUCCUUCAACUAAAGGGGUAAAUCAAACGCAUGGCUAUCAUACCCACCAGUAAAGUCAGUUAAUAACAUGUUGAUGGCUGCAGGCCUUCUUCCAGCAUCCCUUGUGUUCCGUUCAAGAAGUAAUAUUUCUUCCCUUGAUGUUCUGAUUGUUGAAAUCUAUUCAGUUAAUUCACGCUGAAUCUUUUUUUUUUUUUCAGAAUGUUAUAC